AUGGUGGGAUCAGACUCAGAGCCUUCUACAAUUUCCCUUACUGAGAGUACUCCUGAUGCUCAGCUCCCUGUGGUAGCACCAGACACUUUAAAGGGCAAGUUUUCUAGCAUGAUUGCCAAUGCCAUGGAGAAUAAUCCGUAUUUUGCAGCAGGUGGUGGAUUGAUGGUCCUUGGUACAGGUCUGGCAGUUGCUCGGUCAGGGAUCAUUAAGGCAAGUAACCUCCUGUACAGACAAAUGAUCGUCGAUCUCGAGAUACAGUCGAAAGACAAAUCUUACGCCUGGUUUCUUCAAUGGAUGUCAAAGCACCCUCAAAGAAUCUCCAAACACCUAUCUGUCAGGACUAAUUAUGUGCAACAUGACAACGGUUCUGUGACUACCAAGUUUGCGCUCGUUCCAGGUCCUGGAAACCAUUGGAUAAGAUACAAAGGUGCAUUUAUCAGAAUUACUAGAGAAAGAUCUGCGAAGAUGAUCGACUUGACGAAUGGAUCUCCGUUUGAGAUAGUAACAUUGACCACAUUGUACAGGGAUAGAUAUCUCUUUAACGAGAUUUUAAAUGAAGCAAAAGACAUUGCAUUGAAGAGUACAGAAGGAAAGACUGUAAUAUAUACUUCGUUCGGUCCCGAGUGGAGAAAAUUUGGACAACCAAAGGCCAAGAGGAUGUUGCCCUCGGUAAUCCUGGACCAAGGUAUCAAAGAGGAGAUCCUAGAGGAUGUUCACGAGUUUAUGCGUAAUGGGAAAUGGUACUCGGAUAGAGGUAUUCCAUAUAGAAGAGGUUACUUGCUUUACGGCCCACCGGGCUCAGGUAAAACAAGUUUCAUUCAAGCUUUGGCUGGUGAACUUGAUUACAACAUUUGCAUCUUGAACCUCUCUGAGGGCAAUCUGACCGACGAUCGCUUAAACCAUCUGAUGAAUAACAUGCCCGAGAGAAGUAUACUGCUGCUUGAAGAUAUAGACGCAGCUUUCAAUCAAAGAUUGCAAUCUGGAGAAACAGGCUUCAAGUCGAGCGUUACUUUCAGUGGUCUCCUUAACGCUCUAGACGGUGUGACUUCAUCGGAAGAGACAAUAACAUUUAUGACCACAAACCACCCAGAGAAACUGGAUCCGGCCAUAAUGAGACCUGGUAGAAUUGACUACAAGGUUUUUGUUGGUAAUGCCACCUCAUACCAGGUGGAGAAGAUGUUUAUGAAAUUCUAUCCCGGAGAAGAAACUCUAUGCAAACUAUUUGUCGAAGCAAUGAACAAGUUGAAUAUUACUGUAAGUACAGCACAACUGCAGGGACUUUUCGUAAUGAACAAGGACAAACCGCAAUCCGCAUUAGACAUGAUAGAAACUCUAAGGCAUUCCAACCACGUUUUAUAA